AUAGAAGGAAAACAAAAACAAAAACAAAAACACAAGCCUAUAAUUAUACUAUACAAUCUCAACCCGGACUACAACAUCACAGGUACCUACCUAAUCAUCCAAAAUGACAUCCCUACUCGAAAAAGCCUCGACUUUCUUCUCCUCGCAUAUCCCUCAGUUCCGCUUCCCGAUACAAUCAGGCAAUAAUACCCGGGUUGUUCUUUCUGCAUUGUCGGCGGCGGUAGUGGCAUUUACCCUUCCUCGUGUGUAUCGCGAUUAUCGGACUUUUCUCUCCUAUGGGCCCGGUGGAGUGCCGUAUAACUUGAUCGGAUGGUUUGCGGCCAGUGUGAUUCUUCCGCCGUGGGGGAGGGAGAUGUUCUCGACGGGGGUCUAUGAUGCGAAGAUUGCAGCGGGCGAGACGACGAGCUAUCUCGGUGAUGAAUGGAACAGCAUGAGGAAGAGAGAUCAUCGGCCUGAGGUUGGACCGCAUAUUGUACCGCAGAGACAGAUUACGGAGUUUCCGUCGGAGGAGAUUAAGGAGAAAUUGAAUCGGGACUUCUACGCCUUCGCCAAUCGCAACCAACACCUCGUUGCACUUGCCCCGUCGAAGCUCGAGCUUCACGCCGACGCCCUCUUUCUCGCCGACGGCCUUCUCCCGACUCCCGCUGCGAAGCAGAUGAGGGGCGAGAUUGCGCAUAUCCAUCGGUUGAAGGACUUCUCGCUGCAUUUGACUUUGGCUCCUGCUGACUGCAAGAAAGUGAUUGAAGCUGGUUGGGGGCAACGGCAUAGAUUAUCUGGGGUUUAGGUUCCCAAGGCCCUUUUUGGAGGAAAAGUCAUCUCGCUUCCGUCAGAAUAUCUUUUGAUUUAUGCCCCACGCACUGAGCAAGAGGCUGCGUUUGUGAUGGAGAUCAUUGAUGCUAGUGUCAAGCAUAUGACUGGGUCUUUGGAGGUUAGGUAGAUGUUGGUACGAUGAUAUGGGCCACUGGAGUAUGAAGGUGUAGAUGUAUACUGUAUGACGUUAUAUGAACCAAAUGCAAUGAUCUUCUCUCUCUAUGUCUGUUAGCUGGUUUGCCACCAAAUUACUCUGGAUACUAAUUGUUUUUGCCAUUUCGACGUCGAUCGGUACGCACAGACAGAUCUCGAGAUAUUGUGGAGGGACUGUGACAGAUGGUCAAAGC